AUGCGUCCCCUGACGGAGGAGGAGAGCAAGGCUGUAUUCACAAAACUUGCAAAUUACAUUGGCAAGAAUCUGGUUCACCUCAUCGAUCGCAACGACGAACCGUAUUGCUUCAGGCUACACAAGGACAAGGUUUACUAUGCCUCAGAGGCAAACAUGCGUCUGAGCAUAUCAGUUGCCAGACCAAAUCUCAUAAGUCUGGGCACUUGCUUCGGAAAAUUCUCUAAAAGUGGCAAGUUCAAGCUACACGUUACUGCUCUCGACUACCUCGCCCAGUACGCUAAAUACAAGAUUUGGAUAAAACCUAAUGGUGAAAUGCCAUUCUUGUACGGCAAUCACGUCCUGAAAGCACACUUGGGCCGGAUAACUGAAGAUACCCCCGAACAUCAAGGCGUCGUGGUGUUUAACAUGAACGAUAUCCCAUUGGGAUUCGGCGUGACUGCACGGUCAACAGUGGAUACCCGAAAACUAGAUCCUACAGCAAUCAUCGCAUUCCACCAAGCGGAUGUUGGAGAAUAUCUCCGAGACGAGGUCGAGCAAGUUUACCCCAGCAGUUUUGUGAUAGCUGACGAUCGACACAGGAUACUCUCGUAUGAAGUUGUAUUCCGUCUGUUGACAUUCUAA